AUGAGCGUGUAUAGGAGAUACGCGUCUGGAGAACAUGAUAAGGAGUUUUUCCAACGAGAUGAGCUAGGAGCUGAGCGGUUUGUAGGGAUGGUAAUCCCGCAUCUCUCAGGUCAGUUUGAUAAGAAGAUAGAUGCAACUACAAAACAAAUACCUUUAGAACAAUGGAUGGAUAUUUUCCACCAGGCUGCGAUAUUUGUCGGGUACGAUGAUAUAUUGUUUGGUACUGUGAUAACCAUAGUCUAUAAGAACCCACAAACAGAAAAGAUAUCUACUCAAUGCAUUACAAAGUAUGGAUUAUCAACAUAUUUAGAUAUGAAACUAAAUCCAAGUUCGAGAUUCUGGCCCAGUUGUGAGAAUUUGUUGGUCAAGUAUCAAAAAUCCUUAGUGAGAAGAGCUCUAGCAAUACUGAAUUUGAAAAAUUGUAACAAAUUGUUCAAUUUCCAUCAACAGAUGGGCAAGUUGCCCAUGUGGGAUGAAACAAACGCGGGGAAUUUGGCAAAUAAUAUGAAAUUGAUUUGCAAUCAAACACCAGAGACAAUGGGGAGGAAACUACUAGAUUUGGGAUUGUUACAAGACCACUUUGUAAAAUCCCUUGUUUUUGAUGUGGUGUAUAAAAAUAAUAGCAAUAAUAACAAUAACAACACUGAAUAUGAUGAUGACAACAACCGAUUGGUGUCUCUAUUGGGUGAACAGCUAGACCAAUUGUUUGAUCCCUUGCUUGAAUAUUCCCCGGAGCUGGUGCAAACAAUGUACAAACCUUCACCUUCAAAACUCCGGCAAGCUCCAUCAUUAGGGAAUAGUCAAAAAAUACGAGCCGUGGUUGACGAACUUGUUGCAGUUCAAACCAAAUUUACCAUAGAGUUGGCUGAUUUGUUACAGAACCUUAUAAUCCCGAUAAGAGUAAGUGUUUUGGAUAAGAAUACCACAUCCACCAAAAACACUAUAGGAAUAUCCAAGUUGAAUCGAAUAUUUCCCCCGACAAUUGAUGAAAUAACAAGAAUCAAUUGCAUACUCAAUGAUGCAUUACUAAAAGCUUAUCAGAUUAGCUAUGUUGAGAUCUUUAUUGCAAUCGGCACCAUAGUGCCGUACUUUUACAAACCAUUUAUACGACAUGAGGCAAACGUGAGGAAGUUUUACCCAACGCUAAUGAAGUUUAGUCAAAAUAAUAAGAAGAGCAUAUUCGAUAACCCUGUCAUCAAUAGUUCAGGCUAUAGCGUACGGAAAAUAGACUCAAUUGUUACCGGCUCUUUACUUGAACUACCUAAAUUGAAAAUGAUUUUGCAUCGAUUAUAUGAGCAAAUACAAAGUGAAAGUAUUAAAGCAAAGAACUUUGAAACUUUGAUGGAGACGAAUGAAGAGCUUUCUAUUAUUGAAAAACAUUUCCAUUCUGCAAUGCAAGUAUUUGAAGCGUUUGGUGAAACAACAAGUGAUACGUUUAAUGAGCAGGAUUUGAAACAGAGAUUUUUUACACCAACGGGGAAAGUUUUGACUGAACUAGCUACCCAUUGGCCCGCAGAGUUGCAAUAUGGUUGGUUAACAAGAAAAGUUAUUGGGAUAUUUGAAUUGAUUGAUAUAAAAGUAACCUCGCCUCGACAAAAGGAAAUAUUGAUUGUGUUUUCCGACUGCUUGUUAUUCCUCAAAGAUACAGGGGGAAACAACAAUCUGAAACAAAAUGAUGAUGAUGAUGAUGAUGAUGGAAUACCCUUGUCCAUUCCAGAUGUGCUUAUGCAUUCGUUGAUCAAUGAAAAACCAUUGCCUAACUUUGACUCCUUCCCGUCAAUGGAAGUAUCUUAUUGGUGUAAUAUCGAAGACGUUAUCGUAUCAGCUUAUUCCACAUUAGACGCAAGUAACAUUCAACGAGAAUGCAUUCGAUUUCUAAAUCAUUCAUCAGCUAAACUAGAGUCAAAAGAUUUCACCAAGAACUAUCAACUAUAUAACAAUUCGCCUCAUCAAAUUAUUGACUUGAUCAACAGGGCAAAGAUUUUGAAAAAGACAGCUUCUUUUCAUUUAUUCAAAGAAAACGAUGAGGAAGUAAACAUUUACUAUACUGUUCAUGACAUUGAGUCACACAAUGAAGAAACUUAUCAAUCUCCAUUUGUUCUUUUUUUGAAUAUGGAAAUUGAUGAUGUACCGCAAUAUUUCGAAACUCAUCCAAAUGUAUACUUGUUACUUCAAAUUGUAUUUAUUGAUGACAGGGAUACUUUACAGGUUACAGGUUACAAUAAAUGCGGUAAAGAACAUAUUAAUGAACUAGUGCCUGCUUUGAGAUUAACAGGUUAUUUGAGAGCUCAAGUCGCCAGAACCUAUCAUCAUAUUUUCCAAACGUUUAACCAAAUCACUGAAUGCUUGAUUAACUCGAAUGAGAUGGCUUUAAAUUAUAUUGGAAACCAAGCUAUAGCAGCUCCUAUCAGAAUAGAAGCUAAAAAAGCCAAUACUCUGAUAAAUAAGAAUGAAAUACUUCUUUCAUCAUCAUCAUCAUCAUCACCACCAUCACCACCACCACAUGGUGACUUGCAAAAGACAAAUAAACAUGAAUUGAAAGGGUACGAUUUGAAAAGAAAAAAGUCAUUGAUCAACAAGUUGUUUAAGAAGAAACAUGAACCACCAGCCCCGCCUCCUACUACCAAGAGCAAAGCCGAUCAGAAAAACCUUCCAAAUACGUUUAUUCCAAGGGGUAUGAAAACAGAAUACAAAGGCGUGAUAAUGCCAUUGCCAAUAUUGAAACAAAGAGCAGACUCGUCAUCAAGCAGUGUGGUUGAUUGCUCUCUUGAAACAACCAAAACCAAAACCAAAACCAAUACCAAAACCAGUACAAAUACAAAUACAAACAGUCAAACUCAUAAGCAAUUACCUUUAAUUGAAGUGCCGCCUAAUCUUCAACUCCUCUAUAGGAACGACUUGCUUCAGGAUAUGGCUUCUUUAUCAACUGUCGAUCCUACGCUUGGACCAGCAUGCACAAUAAAGAGAGUCUCGACAUUUGAUGAUGUUGCCAUAAUUUUAAAACAAAGAUCACAACUGUUUCAAUUGUAUUGUAUAGAUGAAGACAUUAGUGAUGAAGAGCCAAAUUGGGAGUUGACCAAUAUAGAGAGCUCCAUCUGUUUGAACAAAAAAGCUGGAAAAUUCCCACAAGUAUCAAGUCAGCAAGUCGAUGAUAAAGACGAUGUUGUUGCUUAUACUGCUAAUAUACCUUCCAAACUCCCGGUCAAACUCAAUUUAUCGUCUUUAUCAUCAUCGUUAUCAUCAUCUUCAUCAACAAAGCGCUUAUUUAUCAGUAGAAGGAGUUUAGGAAAGCAAAGGAAAUCACUGAAUCAAACACUGAUUUUCUCAACUGUUCCUACAACACCCAUCACAACAAAUACCUUCCCCAUACCACUUCAUAAAAGCACCGAAAUUGCGUUUCUUAGAUCUCCCAUGACAGAAAAGCAAAUAUGGCCAAAACCACGUUUAGCUCGCGAUAUGUCGUUUGAAUCAUUGACUCCAUCUCAAUAUGCUUCUGAUUUGGGAAAGCUUAUCGAUUUGAAGUUUUCAGAUAACAACACCAAUGAUGAUGAUGAUGAUGAUGAUGAUGAUGAGAGAAUACUCACUCAAGAACUUUCACGAUUGACACCAUUAGGAGUGAACAAGAAUAGUAGUAUACUUACAUUGACUAAUGGAAGUAGUGAAAGUCACUCAUUUUCUGAUGCGGAUGACAUGUUUUAUUCUCCAGAGGAACAGUUUGGUGGUGGUGGUGGUUGUAGUGACGAUGCCACUUUAUAUGAUGAUGUGGUCAAGACAGGUGCCAUUGAUCAAGUCAUGAGAGAUGAAUCAAUUGCUCAAUUAUCACAGCUUUUAAACCAAACUGUUAAUUUUGGCGAAUUUCAAGUAGACACUUUUGCAAGCUAA